AUGAACGUGCCUAUUGAAGCUCCAAUAGAAAUUAAAAAGAAAAUAGCGAAAAAGCUUCAAAAAUCAGGCGCUCUGAAGCGGAUAGAAAGAAAAAUUAAAUUAGGAAUGAUGGUUGCAGUAGAAGAAAUCAAAUCAGAACCGACAGAAAAAACUCAUUUAGAAAGACUUCCAUUUAAAGAUGCAACUAUCAAUGAGAUCAAAGGUUUACAGGCAAUUUAUAGUUAUUUAGCGAAAAGGAAUAUGACAUAUACUCUUUCGACUCUUCUUGAAGAAUCAUGCGUUAAGCGACAAACAAAUACUAAUUACGAUCUUCUAGAAGUCAUAGAAUCGGCAAAUAAAUUCAAUAGCGAUGAAGAAAAGUCGAUCCAAUCUGUAAAAAAGACAUUAUCUCAAAAACAAUCCCCAAACGGACAAAAAUUACCGAAAAAUAAGAUACUGCCAAGUGAUUAUAGUGAUGACUAUGAUGAUUUGUAA